GCCGCGCAGCCCGGCGAGUCCGGGUUCAGCCGGAGCCGCAGCGCAAUGCCGAGCUGCGCGUUGGUCAGCCGGUGGCAGGGCAGCGUCGGCACCUGCAGGAAGGAGGCUGCCAAGGCGCCGUCUGGAGCGGGGCUGAAGGCGGAGGCCGAGCGGCUCUUUCAGGCGAGGGCCGCAGCAGCGGCAGCGGCCAAGGCGGCAGACAAUGGCCCCCCGCCAGGAUUCGUGACCGCAUCACACGUACAUGGCCAGCUCUUGUUCGCGAUUUCGCUGCAGUACCGCGAGCCCAACGUGCACGUCACAUUCGUGGACCGCAAGGAUUCCGACAGCGACUUGCGGCGGCAGGUCGGUGCACACUCGUCUGAGCACCCAGGGCUGCAGUGCACGAUGCCGUUCGCCCACUCGCACCUCGAG